ACUUUAUGUUUGUUUCUCUGUUUUAACACUUCUUCUCAUGGGUCCAUUUCAUCUCCCUUCUGGCCUCCUCUUGUGUCUUUUCAUGGAAUGAGACUGAUAUAACUUUCCUGCUUCAUCAAAAUCGGUCCUUUUCAAUUCGUUUAGAGAGAUAAGAGAUUUCUGGGUUUAUUUCUGAGCUUCAGAAGAAUGUUGUUGGCAAAGAGAAACAGGUUCUGGGUGGGUGUGAUAUUGCUUGUAGGAGCUAUUAUUGGAGAUGCUCCGUGCAGUGUGGAAAAUAGGCCACGUCGGAUUCUUCUGGAUACAGAUGUUGAUACUGAUGAUUUCUUUGGCCUUCUCUAUCUCCUCAAGCUCAACAGAUCAGAAUUUGAACUGGAGGGUAUCACGAUCAGCACAAAUGCUUGGACUAAUGCUGGGCAUGCAGUGAAUCAAGUAUAUGACUUACUUUACAUGAUGAACCGUGAUGAUGUUGCAGUUGGAGUUGGAGGUGAAGGUGGAAUACUUGAAAAUGGUACCAUAUUACCAAAUGUUGGUGGUUAUCUUCCGCUCAUUGAACAGGGUCUGAAUACUGUGGGAGGUUGCAGAUACAGGCAAGCAAUUCCUUUAGGAUUUGGAGGGAGAUUAGACAUUGAUUCAAACUUUGGCCUCAGGAAAGCCUUCCUUCCACAGGGCAGAAGGAAGUAUGAACCUUUAAGGCAACCAACUGCGCAGCAAGUGAUGAUUGAGAAAAUAUCUCAAGGUCCCAUAACUGUGUUUCUACUCGGAGCUCAAACAAAUUUUGCCAUAUUCCUCAUGAAUAAUCCACAUCUAAAGAAGAAUGUGGAGCAUAUAUACAUAAUGGGUGGUGGUGUAAGAGCAAGAAACCCUACUGGUUGUUGCCCCAAGAAUGCUUCCUCUUCUUGUGUUCCCAAGCAGUGUGGUGAUGCUGGCAAUUUGUUCAGUGAUUAUAACACUAACCCUUAUGCAGAGUUCAAUAUGUUUGGGGACCCUUUUGCUGCUUACCAGGUUCUUCAUUCUGGUAUUCCCAUCACUCUUGUUCCUCUUGAUGCAACAAACACAAUCCCCAUUAGCAAACAGUUCUUUGGGGCUUUUGAACAAAAUCAAGACACAUUUGAGGCUCAGUACUGUUUCAAGUCAUUGAAAAUGGCUCGUGAUACUUGGUUCGAUGAUCAAUUCUACACGAGUUAUUUUAUGUGGGAUUCUUUCACAUCUGGGGUAGCAGUAUCAAUAAUGAGUAAUUCCCAUAAGUAUAACCACAAAGGAGAAAAUGAAUUUGCAGAAAUGGAGUAUAUGAACAUCACUGUGAUAACCUCGAACAGACCAUAUGGGAUAUCUGAUGGCUCCAAUCCCUUCUUUGAUGGCCGCCAAGUUCCCAAGUUCAACUUACAGAAAGGUGGAGUUCAUAGUGGUCAUGUUCAACAAGGACUUCGAGAUCCAUUUUGCUUUGUCAAUAAUGGCAAAGGGAGAUGUAAGGAUGGUUAUACAGCAGAAGUAAAUGGUUCGGACUCAGUCCGAGUGCUUGUUGCCACAAAAGCAAAACCUAACCAGGAUGCUAGAAGCCCUCUUGACAGAGAAUUCUUCGUAAGCUUCUUGAAUGUUCUAAAUAGGCCACAACAGGCUGGGAGAUUCAACUUCACAACUCAGUUUCCUUAUUACAGAGAAGUAACUUACAAGCCAGGUUUUCAGAAGGAAAAACCGGGGAAACUGGUUGUGUUUGACAUGGACAUGAGUGCAGGAGACUUUCUUACACUGUUUUACCUUCUAAAAGUACCUGUCAAAGUGAUGAACCUGGCUGCAAUUAUUGUGAGUCCAACUGGAUGGGCUAAUGCAGCAACAAUAGAUAUAGUAUAUGACUUACUGCAUAUGAUGGGUCGUGAUGAUAUUCCAGUAGGUCUUGGAGACAUGUUUGCAACAAAUGAAUCAGAUCCAAUAUUUUCAGCUGUUGGUGACUGCAAAUAUGUUAAAGCAAUCCCUCAUGGAAGUGGUGGCUUUUUGGACUCUGACACUCUCUAUGGCCUUGCUCGUCUUCUUCCUCAUAGCCCCAGAAGGUAUACAGCAGAGAGUUCAGUGAAGUAUGGAGCUCCUAGGAAUACAGAUCACCCUGAAUUCAGACAACCAUUGGCUAUAGAAGUUUGGGAGUCUGUAACGCAAAAAAUUGACCCAGGUUCCAAGGUUACUGUGUUAGCCAAUGGACCCCUAACUAAUCUGGCCAAGGUUGUAUCAGGUAAAAACAUGAGCUCUCGAAUUCAGGAGAUCUAUGUGGUCGGAGGACACUUGAGGAGGAAUGGAAGUGAGAAAGGAAAUGUGUUCACAAUUCCAUCAAACCAAUAUUCAGAAAUGAACAUGUUUCUUGAUCCUCUAGCGGCAAAGACAGUGUUUGAGUCUGAAUGUAAAAUCAACCUCAUUCCACUUUCUGUGCAGCGUAGAUCAACCUCAUUUUCAUCAAUUCUACGACAGCUUCAUCUGACACAAGAACAAACACCAGAGGCCGUCUUUGUCAGGCGUUUGAUCUCAAGGCUCUAUCGCUUGAGGCAAAGCCACCACAGAUAUCACCAUAUGGAGACAUUCUUGGGGGAAAUUCUAGGAGCAGUGGUGUUAGCAGACAGCGAUUCAGGUAGUCUCAAUCCUAAAUUUGAGGAAAAGAACAUUAAAAUCAUAGCCAAAGGCAGAGAAUCAUGUGAUGGGGAGACAAUAGUGGAUGAAAAACAUGGGAAAUCAGUGAAAAUAUUACAACAUGUUGAAUCCAUCGCUCUGAAUCAUCUGUACACACGUAGGCUUUGUGAUAAGAGCCAGUACUCAGCCAAAGUUGGGAGCUUUGCAGAACAGAGAAAAAGAUGGAGCCACCCUAUUUCUGGUACAGUCUGACUAGAAUCAAACAAAGAAAAACAAACUUUGAUGUAGUGUGUUUUUUUUUUUUUUUUAAGUUAAUGUACAGUGAUAUAAUACUAUUUGAAUAGUUGAUGAAAAUU